AUGUCCAAUCUCUCGUACCAAGCCCUCCGCUUUCCAGACGUAUCCUCCCUCACACCUGAGGAACUCUCUGAGGCGGAGAAAAACUGGGUUCAUUUCCAGCCUUAUCUUGUCUCCAAAGGCUAUCAAUUACGUCCUCGAUAUCGGCCUGGAUGGGUUCCAUCUUGGAAGCUUAGUGGCGCCAACCCAUAUGAUUGUGAGGAUAGUAUUGACUCACUGCCGACUCGAGUACUAGAUGCCGUGCGUAUAAAGGACGACCUUCGGGUUGUCAUCAAAAUGAUUAUACCUUACGACGACGACGAGGAAGGGGAGGAGGAGCGCAACAUACUGCGAUAUCUGUCGUCUGAAAAAUGCGUAGAUGACCCUACCAAUCACGCUGUCAGGUGCUUGGACUCCUUCUCAAUUCCUGGAGUUGAAAGGGGGUCAUUUUGUAUAAUGCCGUGGCUGACAGCCUACCAUGUACAUCGGUUUAACAAUUUGGAGGAGAUACAUGAACUUCUAGUUCAGCUGUUUGAGGGACUUGAAUUCUUACACAGAAACAAUAUUGUUCAUUGUGAUAUUGCCCCAUCAAAUAUCAUGAUGGAUGUUGGUAGACUUCACAACGGCCCGUUCAAUCCAUUUAUCCAGAACUUCGCUUCAUGUCGCAAAUAUAUGGCUCCGCUAAAGCUUCGGCGCUCAAAUAAGUCUGUGCGCUAUUACUACAUAGAUUUCGGGUACGCAAAAUGGUUUCGAUAUGUUCAACGAAACCGAAUGAUAAAAGGAACCCGCGCUCGAGAGAGGGCUCCCGAGCAGGUAGAGGGACAGUUAUACGAUCCCUUUAUGGUCGAUGUUUAUCAGCUUGGCGCACUCAUACGGAGGGAUCUCAUUCCGGUACGCACCAGUAUUUGGUUAUUCUGGAUCCCAGCAUUAAUUCUCUGGCGAUAG